UACAGUUUUAUAAAUAUAUAAAAAGUAUCGUGUCGCAGCAAGUUUGUCAUUUCCUUUGCUUUCUAUAUUUUUCGGUUCAAAAAUGCUUUCAAAUCUGAUAAUUACCAAACAACAUUUUGUGGUUAUUAUCGAUGAAACCGGCCUGGAAAAGAUAUCACAUCGCAUACUCUACCAAUUUCUAGGAGAACAGGAAAAAAACGAAAAAUUAGUUGUGAAAACUCUACCGCUCAGUUCAGAGUUAAAAGAUUGGACGACAUUUACUAAUUUCGCAAAGAAAUGCUCGAAGGAAGAAAAAUGCAAUGUGUUGUUGCCCUCGCUUUCCGAUUUAAUAUGCUAUCAAAGCGUCGCUAAGAUCAUAAAAUUUGUACAUAAACUCCGAAUUUGCGAAAAGGUGCAGCGUCUCUUUCUCUGGAUAACACCAGCUAAUCUUACAUAUCCACGUGCAGAAUAUUUGAUAUCAGCUUUCGAAUAUAUGGCUGACAUAUAUGUACACUUAGAAACAUCCAAUACUUUAACCAUCAUUACCCGUAAGCCAGGUGGUGGUGUCACUAACAAACGAUACACAUACACAAAAACUAAAAAGGAGUUUCUAGUUGAGCCAGUACAAAACUUAGAUGUACAGACCAAAGCUUCACCCCCAAAAACAAGCCCAGCUGGUGGUACUUUCAAAAUUGAAUUAAAUGAAGAUGAAAUGGUUGCACGCAAUACACUUAAGAUGCCUUACGAAAAAACAUCUGAAACAGAAGAAAGCUCAAUUAUAUACACACCCGAUGCUGCAGACGAUUAUGAUGAUGAGGAAGAUCCAGAUGAAGAUCUCUGCAUAUAAACUGUUCCUAAAUUUAUUAUUUAUUAAUUAGCUAAAGAAAGAGUAAGUGUUCUUCAUAUAAGCUAUCAAAAGUUUUAAUAGAAUAUACACAAUUUUAUAAUGAAGCAAACAUUCAGAAAUACAUUUUUUCUUUAUAUGGUUUUAUAAAGUAUUCCCUCGUGUUGCUUUAAAAUGUGUAACAAACAUUAGCAAAAUACUUGAUAAACGAAAAGGUUCGGAGAAUGCCGUACGGUGUUAGAUUAUUUCAAAGUCAGUGUGAGUUUUUAUAUGUUCAUAAAAUAAAUUCUAAAAUUAUAAAAACUUUUGUUUCGUGUUAAGUGGUGACUUUCAGCUUAGGAUGGAAUUCUACUAAUAUACAUACAUCUGUUUUAUAAAGCACUUUGGACCCAACCAAAGGAUACCCAAUGGAGUAUAUAAAUUACAAAUUUUGUUUGACUAUCAAUAGUUUAUUUUCAAAAAUUAGUAAAAAGUAUCGCAUAUUUUCGACAUUAACAUUUUUUCAAAUAUAUUUUUCCUAUAUUGAAAUGAUAAGUAAACAUAUAAAAUAAAACUGCUCAAAGUUGGUAAAUGAAAGGAUGUGGUCGACAGUGAAUAGACGUAGUAAAAUACGUACAUAUUUGUAUUUCGAGUGUUUGAAGUCAGAAAAGCAUAGACUGAAUACUAUUUUCUGAUAUAUCUAGUGUAUGUAGGUUAAAAUGACGAAAAUACAUAGGCAUAUAUAUGUAAGUAUGUUUAAAGAUAUGUGUAUAGGUGCAUAAUUUAAAACGUGCUCUUAUAUUACAAUAAUAAAAAAGUGCAAAUAUGAGAACCUU